UUUGACACAUUCCUUUCACACACUCAUUGAUCAAAAAGUGUACACGUUUUUGCUGUGAAUUUCACGAAAACUGAAAUUUAAAGUUUAUUUUAGUCAAAUUUGAGUAAAAAUUACUAUAGAGACAAAUAGAUAUCGCAAAAAUGGCGUUGACUUCACGUUUUUAUAGUGACAAAUACCCUGAGGUGGAAGAUGUUGUUAUGGUGAAUGUAUUAUCCAUUGCUGAAAUGGGGGCUUACGUGCAUCUGUUGGAAUACAACAACAUAGAGGGAAUGAUUCUGUUGUCGGAGUUGUCUCGCCGUCGUAUUCGUUCCAUUAAUAAAUUGAUUCGAGUUGGCAAAACAGAACCGGUGGUAGUGAUACGUGUAGACAAAGAGAAGGGUUAUAUUGAUUUGUCCAAACGUCGCGUCUCGGCGGAGGAUGUUGAGAAAUGUUCCGAACGAUUUGCAAAAGCGAAGGCAGUCAAUUCUUUACUACGACAUGUGGCCGAUAUUCUAGAGUAUGGUUCAAGCGAAAAAUUGGAAGAGUUAUAUUUGAAGACAGCUUGGCACUUCGAGAAAAAAUAUAAUAGCAAGACUGUGGCCUAUGACAUCUUCAAACAAUCCGUUACAGAUCCAUCAGUUUUCGAUGAAUGUGGUUUGGAUGAAAACACAAAGGAAGUGCUGCUGAAUAACAUCAAGCGCAAACUGGUAUCUCCUACUGUAAAAAUUCGCGCCGAUAUUGAAUGCUCUUGUUAUGGUUAUGAGGGCAUCGACGCUGUUAAGGCUGCGCUAAAGACUGGUUUGGACCUAAGCUCAGAAGAACUACCUAUUCGCAUCAAUUUAAUUGCACCUCCAUUGUAUGUAAUGACAACAUCGACAACUAAAAAAGCCGAAGGAUUAAAAGCUCUCGAAAAUGCUAUUGAAAACAUUCGCAAUAAGAUCAUUGAGUCUGAAGGAGAAUUCAAAGUAAUAAUGCCGCCGAAACUUGUUACAGCUAUUGAUGAAGCCGAUUUGGCGCGUCGCCUGGAGCGUGCUGAAGCUGAGAACCAAGAAGUUGGUGGUGACGAUGAUGAGGACGCGGACGGUGAUCAAGAAGGCAUGCAAUUUGAUCCCGAAAAAGAGUUCAAUCAUAGAGGUGAACGUGCUCUUGCACACAAUGACCUCGAGGAAGAAGAUGAGGAGGAUGAAUAGUCAGCGACAUCAAUGUAAAUUUGUGUUUUCCAUCUUUCGAUUCAACAUCGCUUGUAUAUUUAUUUUUAAAACUAUUCUCCAGAUAUGCUGGAGUCGCAUAUAAACAACAAAAAAAUUAUAACUCCAUUAUUCAAUUAUUACUGACCGAAUUGUGGAAGCAUCUAUAAAAAGAAAUUUUGGCAGACAGAAACUCAAUAACUAUGCAUAUUAAAGCGAUUCAAGAGUAUAGAACAAAAUUUUAUAAAUAAAAUACAACACAACAAAAAAGUGGGACUAGUGUAAUAUGCACAUAUACUAUUUUAUUUAUGUGUGUAUGUACAUAUGUUUUUAAUAAAGUGGGAGUAGAAUUGAUGGUAUCACCAUAUAAAAAAUAU